CUUGACGAGCCCUCGGGUAGGGGGUUUCGAUGUUAGCCAAAGCUGAAAAAGCUGAUCUCGAUCGCUCUUCUUACAGCUCACCUCGAUGCAGAACAACGUAUCAUUGCCAGUCGCGUCAUCAAACGAUGGAUUUUAGCAUCCCAGAAGACCGCUUUCGUCGUCGAACACGACUUCAUGAUGAGGUAUCUCCACUGCCCUCUCGCAAUCUGCUCUCACUCACUCGAUGCUGCAGUACCUACCUCGCCGAUCGCGUCAUCGUCUUUGACGGCCAGCCUGCGAUAAAGGCACGCGCGAAUACGUAAGGCCUUGCGAUUGCUUUUUGCGCUCAUCCCUGAUAGAAUAUAUGCAGACCUCAAACGCUCUUGUCCGGCAUGAAUCGCUUCCUGGAGAUGCUCUCGGUGUAAGUCAAGUAUCUGCAUCAGCAUCGAACAAUUGCUCAUUCGGGCUCUUAUUGCAGCACUUUCCGACGCGAUCAAAAUACUUUCAGGCCAAGGCAAGCUGGCUCGCAAUCUUGGUCUCCUUUGCAUCUGACUCGAUGUCUUGCAGGAUCAACAAGGCAGGCUCACAAUUGGAGACCCAGCAGAUGGCAGACGGGCAUUACUUCUUCCUCGGCACAGAUUAGUCGAAGAUCAGCGUCCGUGUCCAGCUCGCACGAGAUGGUUGCAAAUUGUUUUUACUGCAUUUGCUACCAUCUCGCUAUGGAUUUGCGCACUGGUGCUACAACUGGUU